UUAUCUGACACUGAGAUGCCAUACUUUAAACGUCUUCGAAGGGCCACAUGGAUGGAGUCGAAGCUGCUCUGUCGCCUUGCUGCACCUGCAGUUGUUGUUUAUAUGAUCAACUAUCUCAUGUCCAUGUCCACCCAAAUCUUCUCUGGCCAACUUGGUAAUCUUGAACUCGCUGCUGCCUCCCUUGGCAACACUGGAAUCCAAUUAUUUGCCUAUGGCCUUAUGUUAGGAAUGGGAAGUGCUGUGGAGACACUAUGUGGGCAAGCAUUUGGUGCACACAAAUACGGAAUGCUAGGGUUAUAUCUACAAAGAUCAACCCUUCUCCUCUCUCUCACUGGGAUCCUACUCACAAUCAUUUACAUCUUUUGCAAACCCAUUUUAGUUUUACUUGGGGAAUCACAGGAAAUCGCAUCAGCAGCAGCAGUUUUUGUGUACGGCCUUAUUCCACAAAUUUUUGCAUAUGCGGUAAACUUUCCAAUACAAAAGUUUUUGCAAGCUCAAAGCAUAAUGGCCCCUAGUGCAUAUAUAUCAGCAAUCACUUUGGUAAUACAUAUUCUGUUAAGUUGGCUUGCUGUGUACAAAACUGGGCUAGGCUUGUUGGGUGCAUCUCUAGUGUUGAGUUUGUCAUGGUGGAUUAUUGUGCUGGCACAAUUUGUUUAUAUAAUUAACAGUGAGAAGUGCAAGCAUACAUGGGAUGGUUUUGCUGUGCAAGCCUUCUCUGGGUUGUGGGGAUUUUUUAAGUUAUCUGCUGCAUCUGCUGUGAUGCUGUGCUUGGAGACAUGGUACUUCCAAGUUCUUGUUCUCAUAUCUGGGUUGCUAGAGAACCCUGAGUUGUCUUUGGAUUCGCUCUCCAUUUGCAUGACAAUCUCUGGAUGGGUGUUUAUGAUCUCAGUUGGAUUCAAUGCAGCUGCAAGCGUGAGAGUCAGCAAUGAACUGGGAGCUGGAAAUCCAAAGUCAGCCGCGUUUUCAGUGGUAGUGGUGACAAUAAUGUCUUUGAUUAUCUCAGUGAUGGCAGCAUUAGCAGUGAUGGCAUUACGGGAUGUCAUCAGUUAUGCUUUCACCGGCGGCGAAACUGUGGCUAAAGCAGUAUCUGAUCUCUGUCCACUUCUAGCCCUAACUCUUGUACUAAAUGGAGUUCAGCCUGUUUUAUCAGGUGUGGCUGUUGGAUGCGGUUGGCAAGCUUUUGUUGCCUAUGUUAAUGUCGGAUGCUACUAUGUGGUCGGGAUCCCAUUGGGUUCACUCUUCGGUUUCUACUUCAACUUGGGUGCCAAGGGAAUAUGGUCAGGAAUGAUUGCUGGCAUAGUAUUGCAAACAGUUAUUUUGCUAUGGGUUACGAUUCGGACGGAUUGGAAUAAAGAGGUUCAAGAGGCUCUGAAAAGGCUGGAAAUGUGGGAGGGGAAAGAAGAACCGCUUGUAGAAUGAGAAAUAUUCAAGGUUUAAUUAUAGCUGAUGAGAAGACGUUUAAUGAAGCACAUGAAAUGUG